UUCGCGUGUCACCUCUGACACGCGUGCCAUAGGUUCGCCAUCACUGGCCUAGAUGUUAGGUGAAGUGAGCCCAGUUGCUCAGUACUGUGGGUCUCACCCAUCCUCCUGCACAUAUAUUGGAUGUUUCAGGACUCGGUGGUCUUUGAGGAUGUGGCUUUGGACUUCUCCCAGGAGGAGUGGGCUUUGCUGGAUGCUGCUCAGAGGGAGCUCUACAGAGAUGUGAUGCUGGAAACCUUUAGAAACCUGGCAUCCGUGGAUGAUGAGACUCAAUUUAGGUCCAAUGGGUCAGUUUCUCAGCAGGAUCUUUAUGUGAAUAAAAUGUCCAAGGAAGAUAAAAUAGCAGAGUUCACCAGAAAUUCUUGGGUCUCCAUCUUAGGAAAAAUUUGGGAAGAACUUAACAUUGAAGAUCAGCACACAAACCAGUGGAGAUAUCUGAGAAAUUACGUGAUGGAGAGACUCUGUGAAAGUAAUGAUCAAUGUGGGGAAGGCUUCAGUCAGACUUCAAAUCUUAAUCUGUACCAGAAAACCUUUGCUGAAGUAAAACAGAAUGAAUGCAGUGCAUAUGCAAAAGUCUUCAUGCAUCAUUCAUCUCUACAGAGUCACAUUGCCAUUCAUACUAGACACAAACCGUAUCAAUGUCAAGAAUGUGGGAAGGCCUACAGUUGUUCUUCAGACCUAAGAGUGCACGUGAGAACCCACAAAGGAGAGAGGCCCUAUGCAUGUAAUUUAUGUGGAAAAACCUUUCCUCGUACUUCUUCCCUCAACCGGCAUAUAAGGAUUCAUACUGCAGAGAAAACCUAUGAAUGUCAGCAAUGUGGGAAAGCCUUCAUUGAUUUUUCAAGUCUUACUAGUCAUCUGAGAUCCCACACUGGAGAGAAGCCCUAUAAAUGUAAGGAAUGUGGGAAAGCCUUCAGUUAUUCCUCAACUUUUCGAAGACACAUGAUAACACACACUGGAGAGAAGCCCUAUAAAUGUAAGGAAUGUGGGGAAGUCUUCAGGUAUUCCUCAACUUUUCGAAGACACAUGAUAUCACACACUGGGGAGACACCACAUCAAUGUAAGGAAUGUGGAGAAGCGUUCAGUUACUUCUCAGCUUUUCGAAGACACAUGAUAUCACACACUGGAGAGAAACCCUAUGAGUGUAAACAGUGUGGGAAAACCUUCAUUUAUCUCCAGUCCUUUAGAAGACAUGAAAGGAUUCACACUGGAGAGAAACCCUACGAAUGCAAACAAUGUGGGAAAACCUUCAUUUACCUCCAGUCAUUCCGAAGGCAUGAAAGGACUCACGGUGGGGAGAAGCCCUAUGAAUGUAACCAGUGUGGGAAAGCCUUUAGCCAUCCCUCAUCCUUUCAAGGACAUAUUAGAGUGCACACUGGAGAGAAGCCUUAUGAAUGCACUCUAUGUGGCAAAAGUUUCAACUGGCCCGUAUCCUUACGAAAACAUAUGAGAACACACACCAAAGAGAAGCCCUAUGAAUGUAAACAAUGUGGAAAACCCUUCAAUUUGCCUGCUUGCUUUCGAGAACAUGUGAGGAUGCAUCCUGGAGACAAACCGUAUGAAUGCAAACUAUGUGGGAAAGCUUUCUAUUGCCACAUAUCCCUACAAAAACAUAUGAAAAGGCACACUGCCGAAAAACUCUAUAAAUGCAAGCAGUGUGGGAAAGCCUUCAGUUGGCCCGAACUUUUGCAACAGCAUGUGAGAAAACACUCUGCGGAGAAGCCUUAUGAGUGUAAGGAAUGUGGGAAAGUCUUCAAGUGGCCAUCAUCUUUACCGAUACAUAUGAGAAUGCAUACUGGAGAGAAACCUUAUGAAUGCAAGCAAUGUGGGAAAGCCUUCAGUUUCCUCGUCCUUAAGAAGACAUACGAGAACACACACUACAGAAAAACACUGCGUAUAUAAUGUGGGAAGCCCUCCUGCAAGUGAAUUCAAGCACGGUGCUUCAGAAAAUUCACACCAGGAGGGAAAUCUUAUGAAAGCUGUAAAUAUGGUGUUGCCUUUAUGAGUAUCUC